UUUUUGUUGUUUUAAGAAAAGGAGAGAAAGAGAGAAGAAUUUAAAUCAGUUCGGAAAGAAAAUAGAAUCGUUACGCAAUAUUAAAACUGCGCAGUUUCAUUAAAGUUUUUGUCAGUCUUUAAUUUGUGUUUAUAUGGACUAAAACAAGACUGGAUCAGAAUGUUUAAGAUAUUGGUGAGCCUUAUCAUCUUGAAUGAGAUUCUGACAGACGUCGUAAGCGGGGCCGUAUGUGAACAAAAAUAUACAGUUGAAACUUACUCCGUUGACGUUAGUUAUUACAAGUGUGGUUGGUGGGGCUGGAGCAGAUGUCAAUCUACUAAGCGCGUUUCAACGCCGGUAGUUAAGACAAGGAAGCUCUGCUGUAUCGGAAGUUUCGGAGAAGUGGACAUAAAUGGAUGCAAUGGAGUAUGUCCGUACAAGGAAGCCCAGCAUUCUGAAGCUUGUAAUGGAAGGAUAUGCAGAGAUUAUCAAUGUGACGAGUCUAAAGUUGUUGAAUUACCGAAACCAAUAUCUCUUCAAAUGAACGAAAAUGACAAUCAAGAAAGUCUGCUAUGGACCGCCAACACAAAAUGUUUUGUUCAAGAGGCAUGUCCAUGUGCUGAUGGCGGUUCUUGCACGUGCUCCAAAACAGUGCCGUGCACGAAAUGCACAGUUCAGAGUACAGAUGGAAUUGCAGAAGUCCGCGAUGGUACGAAAAUUUUCCGGAAAUCAUGUAGCAAAACUGACUGUAGUAACUGCAGGCUUUAUUCGGGUUGUCUUAACUACAAUGUCAACUACCAAAUCUCCGUUAAGUGCAGUGCAUCCGGUUAUAUCGACAACGAUGUAGUAGGACAGAUGAUUAGCUUGAAUGUUUCAAAAGCACCGGAACCGGAAAUAAAAUUUCCUGGUGAAGACGUUCCAAUAGAACUUGACACGGAUGCUAAAGUUGGGGACGUCUUACUGAAGUUUGACAGCAUUACUAUCCCAGUUGGAGAAAACAACGUGGUUUACAGUCUGGUUGGACCUACAUCAAAUGCAACCGGUCAAUCUCUGUUCAGAUACAAUGAGACGACUAAAGAAAUCAUUGUCAACUCGGACCUCUCGUUAGAGAAGGGUGGCUCUUACACCGUCAAGCUAUGUAUAAACCUUCGCCGCAAAGCAACUUGCUUUGGUCUGGUUGUCGAGAUAGAACGCAUCACGACAACGACGACGACGACAACAACGACAACAACAACACCAGUGCCAGCAACAACAACGCCGAAAGCCACAUACCGGUGUUUUGGUCAAGGACUGUAUGCAUCUCUACACGGAAUGGACUUUUGGUGUAACGAAGCGUGUGGUUCAGAUCCGGUUAAUUGCCCGUAUAAGACUCACUGCGCAUGCCUGGAUGUUACAGAGGUGUCUGAUGAACAAGUAGAAUGUACCCCAGGUGGCAUCUAUGCAUUGGGAGAAUACAUGACGCAGGUUAUGACAGCUUGGUGUAACCUCAACUGUAACCAUGGAGAAUAUUCCAACUGUCCUACAAACCUUACAUUACCCGGGUAUUGCAAGUGUUAGAAAAUAUUCCACCGAAAAGACAAAAUAUACAAAAAUAAAGAAACAUCGAAAAGAAUAUUAUCUCUUAUGGCAAUAAAAAUAUCAUAUAUCAAACAACGAUUUAUUACAAAGAAAAAAUUGAAUUUUGAAAUCUGUUUAUUUUUAAUUCAUUUAAUAUUAUUACCCGUUAUAAUUCAUAGAUAUUACUUAUGUGUAGGUUUAGUUGUUUCGGAUAUUAACUUGUUUUGAAACGUUGUAGUUCCUUUACAUGUAAUGUAUUUUAAACGACUGGUGAUCUUCUACAACUAAAUUUGAACAUUUCUUGCUUUAAGUUUGUAACUAUUUUGCUGGUGUAAAAAUCAUUUUCAAAAUAUGAACGCUGAACACUGGAUGAUAUUGUGUAAUAGAAGACUGUACACCGAGCUUCCACGUAUAUUCUAAAUUGAUUUUAUUUCAAAAGAUUUACAUGGAUAGAAAAACAAAGUAUUGAAGUCCCACUUUAAUAAACAUAACCUUACGUUGUAUAUACCAAUUGUUGUAUUGUCUGUAAUGACCAGGUCUUGUCUUCUUGUACUGUCGCUCCUCUGUAUUGUAUUAUUUUGUCGUUGUUUCCUGUGUAGAAUUUUAAUGACUGGAUCGUUUAUUGCUCCAUCAAGACGCAAUGUGAGUGCUUAGAAACAUUAAUUUUGCUUAAACGUUUACUUAAACCUCUAUUCUUAUUUGUAAUGAAACACGAACAAUCAGUCGGUUACAUAUGUACAAAAUAAACGUUCUUGAAAUGUAUUGUCAUGACUUCCAUUAUAUUGUUUUAUCUUUGUAAGUGUUACAAUCGUUACAUUUAUCAAUCGUUAUAUUUUGGCUUGUUGAUUAUUAUUGUACUGUCAUAGGUAAGUUUUUAAACAGUAUAGAUAACAUUAAUUUUUGUUUUGAAGUUCUACGAAUAAAACACAUUAGCUGACUGUUUAAAUAAAUUUAAACGACUGAUCAUAAGAGCGUUUUACUAUUACAAAAAAAAAGAAUAUAUAUUUAAAUUGAAUAAUUUAAUUAUUUUCAAAACACAAAGUUUCAUAUUGCUGAGCACCAGGAUAACUAAAAUAUUAAUACACCCCCAAGAUUGACGAAGCCACCAUCGAACAGAUCUGAAACAUCGGCAGUUUAUAUCAUACUUGUUUGUAAAUCACUAACAUUUGGGCAGCGUAAUUACAUAAUAUUGUUUUUAUAUCUUAACUUUGGAAGGGUAAAAUGCUGUUUCACAUCAGUUGUCAUACAUUGACUUUCAAGAUAUUUUUAUAUGUUAUUAUUUUUCUUAGGUUAAGUAACCCCCAUAAUAAUAUUUUCAUUUUACUUUUUGUGUGAUGUUUCAAUUUUCGAAAAAGUAAAAUAAAUACAUGGAGCUAAACCAUCGUUUGCUUCUUUUGCAAAUUGUACAAUUAUAGUAAUUUUUAAAGAAAAAACAUAGAUAUUUAUUUCUUAGCCACAAUGUACCUAAUUUUCAGAAAAGGAUUUGUUAUUUAUUAACAUACAUAUAUUGUAUUAGCGUGCCUCAUAAACAUUUGCUUGAAACGUCUUAAUUCAAUUUGUGUGCGUUUUUUUCUUUUUUACUAUUUCAAGUACAUUUUAUGUUAAUAUAUCAUCAGGUAUGGUUUAGCAGUUUCUGUUAAUAUUUUGUUAAUUGUUGUUUUUUUUCUCUGAUUUUUGCUACUGUUGUGUUUCUUUUUUCUUAAAUAAAAGUUACCUCUUUUUUA